CACACACUCACCAACAAGGUAGUCACCACAGUCACGAGAAGGAAAUAACCAUAUACCAAACAAACAGAGAAACAGCAAUGGAAGCAAUCGCAGAAAACGAAACAUCUCAACCAGAAAUGACCGACGGUGACGAGUUCGGACAUGACGAACAGCACACUGAAGAGGAAAUAGAAAUCAAUGAAGAAGAUAUCUUGGAAACUAUUGACUGUCAGCAAGUUGAAGGAGAAGUGGUGAUGGAUGAAGACGAGAAUGAAGAGAUGGAUGAAGAGAUGGGGGAGCCUCACGAGCAAUCCGAGCCACCCUUCGAUAGUUCCGUCACACGCUUCACCAAGCACCAAGAACCGGUCUUCUGUCUGGCAACUCAUCCUUGUAAUCCUCAAGUCUGUGCUAGUGGCGGGGCGGAUGAUCUGGGUUAUAUUUGGAAUGCUUCGACUGGUCAAGAGAUUCUCAAACUUGAAGGCCAUCGAGACUCUCUCUCGGCUAUCGAAUUCAGUUGUGAUGGCCAAUAUCUGGCAACUGGCGGCGUCGACGCGACCAUCAAGAUCUGGAAAAAUUGCGAUCCUCAGGCUUUCUCAAAAUGGGAAUUCCUCAUGGACCUCGAAGGUUCCGAAGAAGUCACCUGGCUUACAUGGCACCCCAAACUGGCAGUCUUACUGGCCGGAUUCUCAGAUGGGAUGAUCUACAUGUGGCUGAUUCCAUCGGGUUCAAUGCGAGUUUUUUCAGGUCACAAUUCAAUGACUACUUGUGGCAACUUUACUCCGGAUGGUCAGAAAAUUCUGAGUGCAACGGAUUCAGGGAUGCUGUUUAUCUGGGAUCCCAAGACUGGUAAACCGCUGCAUAAGAUCAACCUGAACGAAGGAAAGUAUGCAUUCAGAGCACAGCAAGAUCAAUCUGGUAUCAAUUCACUCGUCAUCAACCAAGCCAACACGAUCUGCGUUCUGGGAGGUAUCGCCAACGGUGGAGUCCGCUUGGUCAACUUGAAGAUGGGUACAGUGAUAGCAGCUUUAGAUGAACAUGAGAGUCAUGCAACGGUCGAAGUAGAAAUAUUCGAGCCUGAAGGUCUUGGUGUACCCUUGCUGAUCAGCGCAGGAACAGAUGGUACAGCUUUCUUUUAUGAUGCUGCUUCGUUCAAGUUGCGGAAUUCUAUCCGUCAUCAGGAUGCUAUCACCACUCUAGUCAUUGAUCGAGCCACUGGCCAAAUGACGACUGGAUCGCUCGAUAAAACGCUUUCUACAUGGAAUCUUAAAACGGCCGAACAGUUGAAGGUUCACUCGGGACAUCGAGAUGUCGUUCACAUGGCUAAAAUGACAAGUGAUCACAAGAAACUCCUGUCUUGUAGCGAUGAUGGGAAUGUAUUAGUGUUUGAAAUCUAAUCAGUCACUUUUCUUUCUAUCAUGUAUCUGUUUUUUUGUGAGAUAUGCCUUCAAAAAAGCCUGCUCAAUCAAUCAAUCAAUCACCAUAAAUUUCAAUAGCAGUCAUUGAGCUUAGCAAACCAGUCUUUUGAAUUUAAGCCAAUGAUGAUUGUGCCUUUAUCUUGUAUCUUGACGAAACCCCAAGCCAUGCGACCAGGCUG